UAGUAUCAUCAGCACCUCAGGAAUGCCUAUGUUAAGCUGAUAGCUUCAUGUUUAUAUUAUGGUAGAGACGGUAACUGUAGAGCUGUCCUCUCUAAAGGCUCUGUGUGCAGGAUCAGAGGCUGGAAGACUUUACAGUACUAAAAUGAUGAGAGUAUUUUUACGUGCCAAAGUGAAGGACUUUAACACAUGGGGUAUAGAGUUCCUGGUUGGUCAGUUAUAUGAUCAAAGUCGAAGUGUUGCCAUGACAGCCCUAACAAUACUGGAUGAGGCUUGUGAAGUAAAGGAAAAUUUGGAAUCUGUGGUAAAGAUGAAGCCAUCAUUUUUGCACCUCGGAGAGAAAGGCGUGAUGAUACUGUGUCGCUACAUGUCCACACCUGCAGGCUUCAAGUUCUUAACUGAUGCAAACUAUACUCUUAAUGAACUGAAGAAAUGGCAUUCUACAUUUAAUACCCGGUAUGUUCAUAUGGUUGAAGAAUUGUUGAAUGAAGCUUUGACCACAUAUGAAAAAACUUAUGAGGGGUCCUACACCAGGAGAUCUAGUAAAAGGAGACAGAGGAAAGAUGUAUUUGUGCCAACACAUCUAUAUGGAGAACUUGUUCAGCAUAAAGACAGUUUUAAUCUUCUUAGACAACAGACAUACAUAGAUGACUAUUUUGAGUGUAUCAGAUGUCAGGAGUUGAAAACUGAAGACGAUAUAUUACACCUGAAGACAGCACUUUGGGCUGUGGGUCACAUCAGUAUGUCAUCAUGGGGUGUAUCAUGGCUACAGGAAGAAAAAAUAGUUCCUGAGAUAAUACGUUUAGCAGAGGAAAGUGCUAUCUAUUCAAUCAGAGGGACAUGUAUAUUUAUUCUGGGAAUGGUAUCAAGUACAAGGGAAGGAGCAGAAGUGCUAUCUCAAUAUGGGUGGGAGUCACGGUGGAACACAAGAGCUGAACGCUGGCCUCUUGUAGAGGAUAGGUCUCUGUUACUUGAAGACUCCAUGGAAGAUAUGCCAACAGAAGCUGGAUUUAGCAUUGGUAAUAACAGACUGGAACUAGGCAGCCCUGUGAGCAAUCUAGAUUAUAUUGCUGAAGAGCACUUUCAUUCGAGAAAACCAGGAAAAUCUUUUAAUAGUAAAACUGAUGACGAUGAUGUUGACAGUGAAUCUGGGAUACAUAUUCCUGAUGUAAAAUCUCAUGGACUUGCAAAUAGUCCUGAGCUAACAAGGCAAGGAAUUCGGCUUAAAAGUCAAACACUACCUUUACCAGGGCAUAGUGGUUCUAAACAUCACUUUCCAUUUAGGUCACAUACAUUUAGAAGCAUAGCUUUACCCCAGUUUAUAAAAGACCGUACAAAAAGUUUUGAGCACAUAUCAAAUCAACAUAAAGACUUUCGAAUUUCGCAUGAACACAGGAGCCACAGUUUUCAUUUUCAUUUGAAAAGCAGGCACAAAGGUGACUCCCAUAAACAUAAAAGUGAAUCACAAAAUGAAAAAUCUGUGAUAAACAAUAACAAUAGUAUAAAAAGCAUAGAUGCAGCUCCUCGUAGAAGCUCUUCAAUGAGACAUGUGAAGGAGGAGAGUUCACACAUACGUCCAAGAUCUUCUUCUGAAUACUCUUCCACUCAUACAAGUGCUAAACAAUCUAGUAGUGUUGAACAUAUGCAUAAAACAAAACCAGACAAUAAAGCAGAAUCUUCACAGAAAGAUGUUGUUCUUAAGAUUGUGGAGCCAGGUGAUGAUGGCUAUAAAGCUGAAGAUGCUAAACCAGAAGAUAAAAAAACAGUAACAGACCGUGUAGAAGCAGGUAGAAGUAUCAGAAUUAGUGUCACAGACACCGAUUCCGAAUCUCCCGACGCUGAACUGAAUAAUCAAAACCAAUUUGAACAAAAUAAAACCAUUGAAAGUAGUGAUAAAACACAUGGAAAUGAAAGUCAUGUGGUGCUUGACAGUACAGAAAAUGUGUGUGAACAAAGCUCAAAUGAUGAUGGGACAGCUGAUGGAGGUGCUAGUAAAAAAUCAGAUGUUGAAAAAGAUGAAAGGUGUUUUAGAAAAAUCAGUAUUAUGAAAGAGGAACGUAGCAGUAGUAGUGACAGUUCCAAAACUAGUAAAAGUCGAACAGAAAGUUUUACUACAGACUCUACUACCAGUGGUGUUGGAUCGUACGACUCUGGCCACCAUGGAGUAAUUGAGUUCCCCUCGUUAAGUCCAAUAGCAAGUUCAAACUCUCUUGAAACAAUGGAUGUGCAAUUACGCCAUAAAGAAAAGAAAGAACUUAAAGAUAAUGCUCAUCAUUCAUCUUUCUUACGUAGAAUGUCAAAUCUUACACGUGUUCCGAGUAUAAGAAGACAAUCUAGUCCAGGUGUUGGCCUUAUGCCAACUUCUAAAUAUUUUGACUUCUCAGAAAAUGCCAUAAUGUACACUACAGCUCGUGAUGCUAUUGGUUAUGCGACUUUACGUAACUUAAUGAAGACUCGGACAAUAAGUUCCGAUGUAGAGUCAGAUUAUGGAUUAAAUUCACUCUAUGAUAACAUGGGAAGUAUGACUAGUAUUAAUAGGAGACCCAGUAUAGACAGUACUAUAACACCAGGGAGACCUUCCAGUCUUAUGUUUAAUAUGAGUGGUUUAUCCCUCAGUGAAAUGGAUAAUCCAAAUCAUACUACCAAAGCUAGUUUAUAUCAGCAUAGGCCUCAUACAGGGAAAGCUGAGUUUAUGGGAAUCACACUUCCUGUUGAUAUCAAUAUGAUAUUUGAGGUACAUGAAGGAGAAGAUAGACGGACAGAAUCAUUUCUAGGAUCUGGUAUAUCACGACAAGCGUCUGUGGUGAGCCAGUCUUCUAUGUCAAAACAGAAUUCAUUUUCUGAACAAUUAGAGGGAAGGAUUGCUAGAUCAGAGAGUGGGACAGAAUACUCGGACAGACUGGAGUUGGAAAGUCGUGGGAUUCGGUCACGAUCUGGUUCAACAGUAGCACCAACCCCCUUGUCUAGUACCCAUAAUGUAGAUGUUUGUAUACAAUGUCGAGGUAUACGUCAGGAAGCUGUUAUACAUCCUAUAGAUGAGUCUGAAGUAACAACUGACACAUCAGCUACAGGUGUUAAAUCUAGUCACCAUGGUAAUAGAAAUCGGACUGGUAGUAUAACUGCUGGCAUUGAGACAUCCAGUAGCUUGACCAGUGCAUCAGAUUCUUCUACAGGAAAGAAAAUUUCAUUUGAUACGGCAAUUGGUCGGACAAUGGUAAGGAAGGAGAUUAUACAGCUGGUCAUUAACUUGUCCAGUUCUGUCGGAGUGAAGGGUGCAGAACAAGGUCUACUAAGCUUGAAACAGAAGUUUCCAAAGGCAUUCCAGGACUUGUGCUUUUACUCAGAAGUUUCAUUCAUGCUUGGUACAUGUUCAUUUCGGCUGACAGCAAGACGAUUUAUACAAGAACUGUUUGAUGAAAUUGACAGAUCAAAGCUGAUUGAAGAAGCUCACAAUAUCCUAGGUGUGGAGGAUUCGCCAGAGAAACCUGUUGUACUGGACCGCAGCGUGCCCGAGGAUUUUGAUGGUUUUGAAGAUUUUUCCUGACAUGAGCUCUCGUUUAGGAAUUCUUUAAAUUGUCUUCAACACAUGUUUAAUUUUUCAUGUACAACAAGAAAAGAAUAACAUUAACCUGCUUGAACAUUAAGUGAGUAGCUAAGAUAGCAUGCAUUUCCAUGCAGUCUGACCAGGCUUUAUACUCAGUAUAUUGUUGGUAGCUCAAUUUUUGUAUUUUCGUAUUGACAUCCCCUAAACUAUGAAUAAAAUGUUCCAAAUUCAAAGGUAGAAAACUCCAGUGUUCCAAAUUCAAAGGUAGGCAACUCCAGUGUUCCAAAUUCAAAGGUAGGCAACUACAUUAUACAGAUUCAACAGGUUAUGGUUUAUACUGUGUUCUUUGAUUAAAAAAAAAGUGUGUUUCCUUGAUAAUAAUAUGUUUAAUGUAAAUUGAUUCAUGGAAUAUUAGACAUUAAAGUUAAUUAUAAAUCUAAAUAAAAUUGACCAAAGUUUCUUGUCAUAAAUGUUUGUACAAUGAGACAUUGAUAUUUUAAUUACUUUUGUUCCAUUUUCCAUUAAAUAUCAUUUACAAUGUAUACUUUCCAUCUUUUUAUUUUGUUCUUGUCAUUUGUAUAUUUCUUGUAUUCCUCUGCGACAAGUUUAUACAAAAGAUUAUGGUAUGGUGAUAUGACAUUUACUGUUUGUUGUGUAUUUUGAUGUUCAAAUUAUUAAGAUUUUAAUCAGAUAAAUACUAAAAGGUUUUGUGAAAUAUAAUCAUCUGUGAAUAUGAAUGUACAUUUGUAUUCAUUUUUUAAAUUGCUCGAAUGGUAUGAUUUAGUGUUUGCUUUAAGAUAUUUUUGUUAUUUGAUACUAACAAAUGCUCCACAAAAUGUUAAAAACUGAGCUACAUCUGAAUUCUGUAUUUAUAUAUUGUUGUUGAGACUUGUACACAAUCUGUCAGUGGUGUUUGAUUUUGCUAUCUCUUAUUUAUGUUACCCAGUUUGUAUAUCUUAUGUUUAGUUUUAAGGAAAAAUUUAUAAUAAAGACUGGAAAUUCAAUGCAAAAUAAUGGUUAGUUCUUAGCUGAUGUUUAUGACACUAAAUGUUUAACAUAAAUAGUUUGUAAUUAAAGUUAAAUGUGAUAAAUUGUAUAAUUUCCUUUCAUUCAGUGUUGUAAGACAGAGGUUCAUUGUAUUUUAGUGCCAACUGUUCUGAUGCAGCCAUUUUCAUACGCCCAAAUACCUUCGGGACAUAUCAUGGUAUGGCGAUGUUCGUCCAUCUGUAUACUCUACCAAAAAGAAAAAGGGGGCCAUCUAACCAUUUAACUGUAAACUGAACAACAGAGAACAAUAUAUUAAAUUCUAUAACAAUAGAAAGGGCUAAUGGCCUUCUAUUAAACAGAAGAAAAUAACAAAAGAAAUGGCCUGUUAUUCGAAUUCGGUUGCAAGUCUGUGUACAAACAAUUGGUUUUCUCAGCAUAUUUUUUCAGUGACUGUGUUCAUAUUUGACAUGUAAGUAAAUGUAUGUUUAUUCAAAACUCAGGUCAAGUUUGAUUUUGGUGGCAAUCAACUCAUUAUUAAUAGUUAUGUCCCCCUCUAAGCAAUUUUUCAGUGAAAUUAUUUGUAGAAUAACAAAAACUUUUGAAGGAUUUCAUUUAUUGUGUUAAUAUUUAACUUGUUUGUUAUAUUAAAACAUAAGUCAAGUUCCAUAACUGUUGCAAACAACUCAUUUUCAAUAGAGUUAUGCUCCUUUUUAAGCAGUUUUUAAAGGGAAUGGUUACAACAAAAUAACAUAAGGAUUUCAAAUAUUCUGUUUAUAUUUGGAAUGCAAGUACAUGUAUAUUAUACCUAAACAAAAGAAAUGUUAAAUUUUCAUUUCCAUGAACUCCUGAUUGAAAGAGUUAUGCCCCUUUUCCAGCAAAUUUUCUGGGAAAUUACUGGUUUAUACAUGUAUCAAGUAUGUAAUAUAAGAUCCACAUUUCAUGUCUGAAUUCCUCUGCAAUCAGCUAAUUGCAAUCUAAAUUUGAUUGAUUUCUUUUUAACAAAAUAAUAUUAAUCUGUAAUUUUGAAUUAUCUUCUAUUACUAAUAUGUUAACUUAUAACCUAGAAAAAAAUUAUACGGUAUUUUUCUUUUACAUUUGAUGGAAAAGUAAUAAUCUGGGCCAUUAACAACUAUAAAUUUUUCUAUUUUUAGCUCACCUGUCACAAAGUGACAGGGUGAGCUUUUGUGAUCGCUUUUCGUCCGGCGUCCGGCCAUCGUCUGUCGUCCGUCCGUAAACUUUUACUUUAAAUGACAUCUCCUCAUAAACCACUAAGCCAAUUUCAUCCAAACUUCACAGGAAUGUUCCUUUGGUGGUCACCUUUAAAAAAUGUUCAAAGAAUUUAAUUCCAUGCAGAACUCUGGUUGCCAUGGCAACCGAAAGAAAAAACUUUAAAUAUCUUUAAAAAACCAUAAAAGCUAGAGCUUAGAUAUUUGGCAUGAAACAUCUUCUAGUGAGUGUCUACCAAGUUUGUUCAAAUAAAAGCCCUGGGGUCAAAAUUGGCCCCGCCCCGGGGGGUCAUUGAUUUUCCCUAUAUGCAUAUAGUAAAAACUUAAAAAAUCUUUUUUUAAAGAACCCAAAGAGCUAGAGCUAAGAUAUUUAGCAUGAAAUAUGUUCUAAUGGGUGUUUACCAAGUUUGUUCAAAUAAAAGCCCUGGGGUCAAAAUUGGCCCCGCCCCGGGGGGUCAUUGAUUUUCCCUAUAUGCAUAUAGUAAAAACUUAAAAAAUCUUCUUUUAAAGAACUCAAAGAGCUAUGGCUAAGAUAUUGAGCAUCAAACAUGUUCUAAUAGGUGUCUACCAAGUUUGUUCAAAUAAAAGCCCUGGGGUCAAAAUUGGCCCCGCCCCAGGGGGUCAUUGAUUUUCCCUAUAUGCAUAUAGUAAAAACUUAAAAAAUCUUCUUUUGAAGAACCAAAAGAGUUAGAGCUAACAUAUUUAGCAUGAAACAUGUUCUAAUAAGUGUCUACCAAGUUUGUUCAAAUAAAAGCCCUGGGGGUCAAAAUUGGCCCCGCCCCGGGGGGUCAUUGAUUUUCCCUAUAUGCAUAUAGUAAAAACUUAAAAAAUCUUCUUUUAAAGAACUCAAAGAGCUAUGGCUAAGAUAUUUAGCAUCAAACAUGUUCUAAUAGGUGUCUACCAAGUUUGUUCAAAUAAAAGCCCUGGGGUCAAAAUUGGCACCGCCCCGGGGUCAUUGAUUUUCUUUAUAUGUGUAUAGCAAAAACUUAAAAAAUCUUCUUUGAAAAAACCCAAAUAGCUAGAGUUAAGAUAUUAAGCAUGAAACAUCUUUUAGUGAGUGUCUACAAAGUUUGUUCAAAUAAAAGACCUGGGGUCAAAAUUGGCCCCGCCCCGGGGGGUCAUUGAUUUUCUUUAUAUGUGUAUAGCAAAAACUUAAAAUCUUCUUUGAAAAUACCCAAAUAGCUAGAGUUUAGAUAUUAAGCAUGAAACAUCUUCUAGUAAGUGUCUACAAAGUUUGUUCAAAUAAAAACCCUGGCCUGGUCCCAGGGGUGUCAUUGUUUUUAACUAUAUGUGUAUAGUAAAAACUUAAAAAAAAUCUUCUUUUAAAAAGCCCAAUGAGCUAGAGCUUAGAUGUUUAGCAUGAAACAUCUUCUUAUGGGUGUCUACCAAGUUUGUGCAAAUAAAAGCCCUUGGGUUAAAUUGGCCCUGCAACGUUGGGGGUGGGGGUUGGGGGGACCUAUAUACAGGUGAGCGACCUCAGGGCCAUCAUGGCCCUCUUUUCUUUAAGGUGCAAUUUUGUUCAACAUACCUUAUUAUAAAUUUGGCAUCGGGCAUAUAUUGCCCGGCCUCAGCGAAGGUCUUGUAUUCUGGUAGUGUGUGAUGAGAUUUUAUAUUUAUUUAAUCAAACUGUAAAGCAUGUUCAGAGUCAUGUGCAAUAUUGAUGUUGUGUAAUAGAUGCAUGAGAAAUGUGUGUAUAUAACAGUUUUUUAUCAAUUGUACAUAGCAGUAUAGAUCUAUAUGAGCCGCGUCAUGACAAAACCAACCUAAUACGUUUGCGACCAGCAUGGAUCCAGACCAGCCUGCGCAUCCGCGCAGUCUGAUCAGGAUCCAUGCUGUUUGCUUUCAGUUUCUCUACUUGUAAUAGGGUUUGUAGACGAACAGCAUGGAUUUAUGCUGGUCGCAAACGCACUAUGUUGGUUUUGUCAUUACGCAGCUCAAUUAUUAUGUUCAUUUUUAUUGUGUGGCAUUCUUAAUUAUGCCAAAUGAAUGUUAAAUUUUUACAAUUAUGGUGUAAUGUUGCUUUUUGUUUUGAAGCAAAGUUGUUGAUUGUAUGUUUUCUUUUAGAUACACUAUUGUUAUCUUUAUAUAUACAGAGAUAUAUAUGUAUAUAGUAAUAAUUUGUUGUUAAACAAACAUAUGUACAUACAUAUGUAUAAAUUAAUUUUAUCUAUUAUGAUGAAGAAUUCGUAUGACAUUGAACAAUAAAGGAAUGGUAUAUAUUGAAAGUGUUCUCAUAUAUGUUUUGUCUGUUUAUUUUGUAAAGCCUAAAAAAAGCCUAAAGGCAUAUUAUGGUGUAAGUUUUUUGUCUUGUCCUCAAACAAUAUUUUUUGAGUUAAUUUCAUCAUUGUUAACACAGGAAAUUAUCUGAUAUACUUAAUUAUCCUUAUUGUUCAUUACAUGAAGUUUGCAGUGCAACAUGAUUUUGAGGCAUUUACUUUGCUGAUAAAUUUACAUUAAGCUCCUCUAAAACAUCUAACCAUCAUAGAUAUACAAGUAUAUACCAAGGUUGUUCAGUAAUUACAUAUAUAUUAUGAAAUAAAAUUUCAUCACUAAACAUUACAAAUAUUCUUCUAACAAUAUCAUGUCUGAGAGUCAUAUUUGAAGUAGAUGUCAGUACUUACGAGAGAGACAAUAUCCCAGAUGCAUAAUUUAACAAUCUAAUAAAUGAAUUAACAGAGGCUACUUUCUUUAAUUGUUAUUCUAUAAGUAAACAAAAUUCAAACUAAACCAUUCACAUCUCUAGUGUUUUAGGUAAGGCUGGCUCAUAUUGAUCCAAUACCAAUGCCUGCUUACAAAUAGUCCUACAGCCAUUGUAUGCUAGGGUUUUCUAUUAUUAACAACUGCAAAAUCUAUAUUGUUCCACAUAAAUGUCGAAAUAUAACCAUAUAAGAAGAAUUCAUAUUCCGACAAAUGGUAAUGAACAAUUUGAACUUAUUUACAGGAUCAUUUUAUAAUUUUACUGUUCAUUUCAAGGAGUAAUGCCGUGGUACAAUAGAUGCAUAUAAGGACAUGUGACAGCAAAACAGUGGCCUUGGAAAAUAAUCAUUUUUACAUAUGGACAAAAAAAACAGAGUUUGUAAAUUAAUCUUUUAUAAAAUGUGAAGCUUUGCUAGGGCUGUUUGGGAUAUUCAAAAAUAAUUUGUGUCGGAUAUAAUUUUGGCAUUUCUUUGUACUUUGAUAAAACCUGAUUACAUUUGACAGUUACUUAUGGACACAUAUAUUACCUUGUUUAUUGGUUGAAAGGUGCAAAUACAAGUACAUAUUUAUUAAUGAUUCAUAUAUUAUGAGGAGGAUUUGUUGUUUUUUAGGAAAAAAAGACAAAAUAUAUAUAUAAUUAUAUAUUUUUUUAUUUAUUUAUUUUUUGCUUUCAAGAUAUUCCCAUCAUCAAGAGUCUUUGUCUAUCCAUGUUUAUGCAUUUAUGUUCUGUAGGAUAAAAAAAUUGGAGACAUUUUUCUAUACCCAGCUGUUAUACCCUUCAGUUAAAAUUGUUAUAAAGGUUUAAUGAAAUGAUAUUGUCUGCCCUGUCCAGAUGCAUGUCUAACAACUGGUUAGUCAAAUUUUGAUGCAACUUCGCAUGCAUGUAUAAAAGGCUAUUAGACUUCUAAAAUGGCAUUGAAAUCCACUCUUUAGCAUUGAGGUAUGGCAUCUUUUACUUUAUUAUAUAGUUAAGAAAGACUGCACAACAUUUCACAAUGUCUUAAUAAUGUGUUGUCAUUAUAUCUCAAAGAAAUGUCAUAUAUUGGUAAGAUAUAUUCUGCUUCACAUUACUAUAGUGUGUGGAUUUGGUGUUAAAGAUAUAAAAUUCAUUUUCACUCUAAUUCUUAGGUAAUUAAUACUAAGGAGCUUUAAUCCUGUGAUUUGUAUCAUAUGUUAAGGGAGAUCAUUUCAUUGAAUUUGUUUUAUUUUGUUCUUUUAAUUCUAUGUACAUUGUACAUACGAAAGAGAAAAUUGUGUAGGAAGUAUAUGUGUGUUAUUUUCUUAACUUAAUCAGACCUGUUGUUAGCUCAUACAUGUAUAAGCAUUAUGUCGCUCCAGGGUCAGUCAGCUGUCUGUUGUCCUCAGUUUGGUUGUCCUUAGUUUGGUUGGUAACAAUACUUGGCUUCAGUAUGUCUUGAAUAGUUUGAACAUUGGUCAUCUGGAAUCAAAACCGGGUUUUAAUGUUGGCCAUCUUGGUGUAAUAAAUACAUGAAGGUCACCCAGUCAGAUCAAAUGAAAAUGUUGUUAAAAGUUACUUACAAAACUCAACACAAGUGAUGUUUGUGUGAAAACUAAAUUAAGUUUUCCUAAAAUUAAUAAAUUCAGGGUAAAGGAAAGUCAUUGUUGAAAUUCGUUAUUUAGUUGAAGUUAAAUAAUAGAACAUUUAUUACAUUUGAUCAAAAACUAGGUUACUGGCUUAGACUAAAGGAAAGUCUCUGUGUUCCCCAUAAAGGUUCACACCUUUAAUAUGAGCUUGAAAUUUUAAGAAGUUACUCAGGUGAGCGAUAAUAGGCCUUUGAUGGCUUUCUUGUUUUAAAAAUAUGAUCACCAGUAAACUUGAAAUAAAAAUAAAAGAAAUGUUUAAAGA